CGUCCCGCCCCCUCCUCUGAGUGACAGGACCGUGGACAGCAACAUUUCCAGCCGGACACAUAGUUUGUUGGCCCUUGCGUUGGCUGAGCUGAGGUUAAGAAAAAGCAACCAAGAGUAUUAUUAUUGGUAUCUGGAGUUAAAUUUGCCAGGAAUGCAAGCACAGCUUCCUCAGUAAAGAUCUUGCCUUUGGAAACAUCUUACCCCUUGACAUCUCUCCAGAGUUAAGACUUGGCAGCCUCAAGGACACAACACAAGCAGGCAUUUUGGAGAUCAAAGAUGGGGAGAAAAGAUGCCUCCACUAUAAAACUUCCUGUUGAUCAGUACAGAAAGCAAAUUGGUAAACAGGAUUAUAAAAAAACCAAACCUAUUUUACGAGCCACCAAAUUAAAAGCAGAAGCAAAGAAAACAGCAAUAGGAAUAAAGGAAGUUGGCCUUCUACUUGCAGCUAUAUUGGCCCUCCUACUGGCUUUCUAUGCUUUCUUUUAUCUCAGACUGUCCACAGACGUUGACCCUGAUCUGGAACCAGAUGAAGAUUAGUUGAGCAGCAAUCAAUGCAUGAAAAGGAUAUAAUUUUAUAAAAGCAUCUCUAGGGACCAAUACUUUCUGAAGUACUGAGACAGCAAGAUCUUGAAUUUUUUCUGCUGGUAUUUUCAGUUUGCAGAAAUAUCUUUUAAAAUGUUGCAUAGGAUAUCAAGAAAAGAACCUUACCUAGUAAUGUCGUAUGUGUGCUACCAGAUACUUUUAUAAAUCUUUCUACUUUGACAGGCAACCUCUUCAUGGUGCAUUUAGAUAAAGUGAAAAACAGAUCCUAAAUUCUUCAGAUGUCUUAGGCAAUUUAUGUGUAUAACUCCAUCACUUACAGAUUACUAAAUCUAUUUUUGUUCCAUAUACAUUCUAAGUAAAAGUAUAUAUCCUCAUUUACAGAAACAUUCUCUAGUCACAUUCAGAGCCUAAGAAGGAAUGAAAAGUCAUGGGAAAUUUUUCAUUUUACAGAGAAGCCCUGCUUUCUUUCCAGACGUAGUUUAUAUCAUUAGAGAGACAAUCUGCACAUACAUCUACAGUAAUCUUUUUCCUUCUUUGCCAACUGUUCAGUGCACAUGUGCUCCAUCAGAAAUGGCACCUGGAUGACAGAAGCUCAAAGAGUCACAUAUGUCUCUAAAAUAGAGUUGCUUUCCUCUUGGGCUGUCUGAACUGGUGUAAAUAGAAAGUUCAGUUGAUCUUGAUUUUAAUUAACUUAUUACUCUAUUAAUAUAAACUUGGAAUUCUAUUUUAAUUAUGUUGUCCUGUCUGCUUGCAGUACCAGUUUGCCCCUCUUGUUAAGGAGAUAUGUAGCAACCUGUUGUCUAAUUGUGCAGUCUUUUUCACACAACGGUAAUAGCAGAAGUCCUACCUACUCAGAGUCAUUUUCUUGGGUUGUCUCUUAUAUCUGAACAAUACAAAUUUGUUUUACAAAAUUGUAUUUUGUCUCUUGGGAAUUAAAUCAAUUAGAACCCUUUCAUGAAAAGUAGUAGAAGAAAAUAUAUGUCUUAUAUUACUCACAUAUGGAGUUUUUUGUUUAUAUGAUCUUUCAAGGUAUUUUACAUUUGUUGGAGUAUAAUGACUAAUAUAUUCAGUAUUUUUUACUGAUAAUGGAAUUUUUAAAUAAUUUUAUAACACAUGAAUACAUAAAGAUUAGAAAAUGGAAAAAUAUGUGUCCACAGCAGAGUUAGUUACUACCUUACAUAAAUAUGUAUAGAAAAUGAAUAGCUUGCAACAUGUGCAUAAGGUGUUUCAUAGUAAAUACAUUGUAAUUAUAAAGAGUAAAUAAAAUGUUAAGAUUGUUUCCAUACUCUCCAAGAGAAGAAAGUAUUGAUAAAUAUCCUAGAUAGUCUUUGAGACUUUUGCAGAUAGCUGAAUGUGGUUGUGUAGCAUUAUGUUCUGUAGAGUUUUUUCAAGUAGCAUAACUUAUUUCAUCAGUGUGAAAACAGCCAAAAGUUCCAGUAUCCUCACAGAUCAUUUAUGCCAAACAUCUGAGGGCAAAAUUUAGCCAGUGCUGUUUCCUGGAUUCUUCCCCUUGAAAUCACAAACUUAAGAGACAGACCAAGAGUUCCUAUACACUCACCACAGUGGACAAAUCCAAGUGGCAUUUUUAGGAAAGGUUGCAGCAUUUAAUGCCAUGUGGUAUGUCUGUUUGUGAAGUGGGUGGCAAGAGAAUAUCCAAGCUGGCAUUUUGGAUAUGAUGGGUCUUUUACUUUCCUGAGUGACAUGCCACAUGUCAAGAAAUACUGCUUUCCCCCACUCCUAUCACAUUUAUGUGAACAAUCUUCAUUUAGUUAUUUCCCCUCCCAUCUGGUGUUAAAUACAGUCAUAUAAAAUAAAGAUUAUUUCUAAUUUCAGUGGUAAUUUAAAUGCAAGGAUAUGUAAUAAUUGUCUAUUAGAUAACUAGCCAACUGAGAUAUAACAGAAUUUACAAUAUUUAAAAUAGAUGAUUGUACUCUUGGAAAUGUUUGAAAAUUCAUUACCCUGAAAAAAAAGAAAAAAAACAACUUUACUAUCCUGUUCUACUCUUGAGGUAUUCUUUGGAGGAAAAAUAUUGUUUCUGAUAGUAAUGAAUAUUAGCCUAAACACAGCAUAACUAACUUAACUGAUUAACUUAUGGUAAGUCCCAAAGGCUAAACUCUGAUUUUAAUAAAUAGCAGGUAAAGUGAGACAAUGUAUGUCUACAAAAUAAUGUUGUUGUGAAAUGCACAUUUUUCAAACUCACAUUAACUGGGAAGCAGCCAAUCCUCUGUAGAGAAAUCCCAAGUUGAAGUCUGGUUUGAAUCUUUGAAGACAGAGAGGUGAUAUCUGGCCUGCAGGGGACUACACUUUUAAAUAGUGAGUGGUAUUUGGCAUAAAUCUGAGACUGGCACCAUACAAAUUUUAGGCAUGGUUUUUUCCCCUCCAAUAAUUCACUGCUCAGAGUAAUUCAGAAGACAAAAACAAAAACAAAAAUUUAAUAACUUUUCAGAAUGUUAGGAUCUAUCUGUUAACAUACUCUUUCUGCAGAAGAAAUUUCAACUAAUGCAGCUAGACUUAACGUACAACCUAUAGAAUACUGUGAAUGAAGUUUGAAUGAUUGCUGGUUCUUAUAUUGCAUGAAAAAUACAGAAUAUGUAAAUUCAUUUGAGAGGCGAUGUUGUAAAAAUAUAACCUCAUCUAGAAUUUCUUUUAAAACAAAUGUGCUAAAAUCCUAUUUUAGUACCAGAAUGAGGUUUGUUGUUGUUUUAAGGUGACAAAAUAUUUGAAGAUUUUCCAAUCUUUUUCAAUUUUUUGUAAAUGUAGGUGAAAUACUCCCACUCCAACCAAGGAUUACGAAAUCCUGAGAAUAUGUUCUUAUUCAUUUCUGUAAUUCCAGUAGUGUAGUGGUCUGCACAUUUUUAAUAAAUGCAUGUUAGAAUUUAAGUUAAUCUCUUUCAGUCCUCUCAGACCCUGGCACAGUUCUUGCAUGUAACAGAUGAUCAAAAAUUAUUUGCAUUUAAUAAAUAAAACUUGAAAAUCACAAUAUUGAUCAACUCAGCAUUUAGCAUUUAUGGUUUUGGUUGUAUUGGGACACAUAUACAUUGAAUCCUGGUUCUCUUUAAGAUCAAGACAACUAUCAUUAAAUUUGCUACAGAACAGAAACGUUGCUCUUUUCUAUGAAAUCAAAUAUGCUGUUUUCACCUUAGUAUUGUUAAAAAUCAUACUUAUUGUUUUAAAUUUAACUUAGUCUAAAUCUUCACUCCCAUUGAAAAUAAAACUAAAUUUUCAUUAUAGUGCUUAUAUUUAUGUGAAAACUAAAGUGUUAUAUUUUCCAGAUUCUAAAAUUAUAUAGUCAUUGAUAAUUCUGUAGAUCAAGUUAUGCUUUAGAUAAGCUUCAGAAAUAAAAUUCUAGAAAUUAAACUGAAAUCUUAAUGUAUUUCCUCCAUAACAUACGGUUAUUGAGCCAGAGACUAUCUAAGAUAAACCUUUAUGUUUUUCUUACCAACAAUUAGGUUUCUUUACACUUACCUGAGGCUUCUCUGGGGAGAUUCUCACCACUUUUCCCUUAGCACCACUGCCUUCUUUUAUUAGAAUUGCUCCAAUGCAGCCUGGAUAGAAUGUUUGGUAGAUUUUGUUCCAUUGACACCAUAUC